AUGGCAGACGACUCCAGCAAGGACGCCUUACGUGCAGCCAUACUUGAUUUGGCCAAGCGCACGGAAAACCUUCUGUCUCGCCAAGCAUCCGAUCCCGGUCGUCGCAUGCUUGUUGCGCUUGCAGGCGUGCCAGGCGCGGGGAAGUCGACGGUAUCUGAUGCGCUCAUCACCGAGCUCACUGCUCGAGGCAAUAAAGAUGUUGCUGUUGUACCAAUGGACGGCUUCCACUACACGCGAGAAAUCUUGUCAACAUUUGACGAUGCCGAAGUAGCGUUCAAAAGACGUGGAGCGCCAUUCACAUUCGAUGCGAAAGCAUGCGUGACUCUUGUCAAGGCACUCAAAGAAGCCGCUGUCACCAAGGAUGGCGAAGCCGACAUCUGCAUUACUGCACCCAGCUUUGACCAUGCUGCUAAAGACCCCGUGCCAGAAGCUAUCAAGAUAUCCUCUCGCACGCGACUCGUGAUUGUCGAAGGUAAUUAUACGCUUCUGAGACAGAAUCCAUGGAAUGAGAUUGCAGAAGUGUGUGACGAAAGGUGGUUUGUCGAUGCGCCUGUAGACACCGUCCGCACACGCCUAGCGCAACGUCACCUUGCUGCUGGUAUUGAGACUUCCAUGUCAGCUGCUAUUGCAAGAGCGGAAGAAAACGACAUUCCAAACGGCGAAUUGAUACGGUCCUUGUUGGUCAAACCCGACGUGGUUAUUGAAAAUUGA